AUGUAUAAUGAAAUGGACGACAAUUUUGACGAUGUCGCCAUCAGCACCUUCAAAUAUAGUCUCCCAGUCGAGCACAGCUUGAGGAAGUCUCUGAUUGGCAAGCCUGCCAUCAGUGUGUGCCAACUGAUGGAUCGGAUCGAUAAGUACAAACGAGUAGAGGAAGACCAGCUGCAACGUAAGGGAAAAGAGAAGGUUAUCCCUCAAGAGAGGAGGGAUUUCAAGUCGAACCGAUGUAACAGCAACUGCUCAAGGAGAGAUUUCGUAGGGCAAUCCAGAGUAACCAACACACAGACUGUCAAUACUGUAUUCAGAGAACCAGUACAUCAAGUGUUGGAGAAAAUCAAGAACGAGCCAUACUUUAAGUGGCCGAAUAAGAUGGCGGGAGAGUCCACGAGGCGUAAUCAGAACUUUUAUUACCAAUACCACCAGGACCACGAACAUACCACAGAGAACUGCAAGAACCUCUGGAACUAUCUGGACCAACUAGUCCUUAAAGGAAAGCUGAAGCACCUUCUGUAUCAUCCCAGUGGUCAUCAAGGCCAAACCCAUCAAGAACCCCAGAGAGAUAUUGCCUUAAGGCCACCCGUAGGGACGAUCAAUGUAAUCUUGGUCGCGCCAAGAAGAACAAGCACGCGCCCUUCACGAGUGUUAUCUGUGGCUUAG